UAAUGUUCGGUUAUUAAUCUGCACAUUUGUGUUUAUUCUUUUCAUGGGGGACUGGCCCUAUUACUCUGGGAGAAGUCUAAUCACCUUCCAUUAAGUCACAGACACUUUCUAGUUGGCUGAAAUACUCUAGGCCGGUCGUUUGCAGACUUUUUUUUGGGUAAAGCCCCAUUAGAUACCCAGAAUUUGGUUAGGGCCCCCCCAGCAUAUAAUAUAGAUACAGGUAUCAUAUAAGUGUUCUACCUUAAAUCUAUUUUUAAUUGGCCUUCAAGAUGGAAAUCCAGGAAUUUGUAAGGGAGAGAAUGAGCUUUUCUUUUACUAAUCUCUCCUAACUGGCAUUUAGUGUGGCCCCUUCAGGCAAGUCUCUGGGCCCCACAGUUUGGCAGCAACUGCUGUCGGCUGAGUGUGACUUUUGCCCAAUUAUUAGCACAUUCAGAAAAAAGUUACUUUGUCAGUUUCGUACCUCUGGGAUACACUGAUACCAUGUCAUUAUCUGUCAUCCGACUCCAGAAAGCGAUGGUGUGUGAGGGGACAUGGGAUUUAGCUUUUGUUUUGAAGAGAUCUCUCCUGUGAAUUUAGUAGAUAUUCACCCAAGAAACUCUCAUCCGGGUGUGAAUAACUGUGUGUCCAUUUCUAUAUCUCUUCCAGGCAGCAACUCUAGACCUGCUCUCUCCUACCAUCUUGCAAUGAGUUGUGGGUAUUAAUGUAGACUAAGUGCCCACAAGGCAUGAAAUGUAAUUCAUUCUGUGUUUGGGAUCAGGAGUCGCUCAUAGGAUGGAGAGCACAGCGCAGAUAGAAAAGGCCUACAGAUAACAGAUGCACAAAAGACUCUGCACAUGUCACUAUUGUGAUGCCUGACAUGGGAAGAGAAAUGAAAAGGCCCACCAGUAAAUUCUGCGUCAGAGUUUUUCUCAGGUGCUUCAUUGUCAGUGCGUUCCUUCUGUUAUUCCUCUACGUCUGCAAGGAAGGACCGGACUCACAAACGUGCAGCGUGCGGAUCGUGGACCCUGAGCACAUACAGAGAGUGAAGACGUUUGCCAGAGAUGUGCUGCAAGGACAGUGCAGACCAGCGUUUGCCAGAACCCAAAUGGGUCGCUUGUUUAGUAGUAAAUACACCAAGAACUUGUCUAGUUUCACGAAGAAGGAUAAAAGCCUCAACGAAUCUCUGUAUAAAUAUGGGCCACCGUUUGGCUUCCGACAUUAUGUUGAUCAACUUGGGGACCUGUUAGAAAUGAUGCCAGAAGACGGCCUGCCCAAGGAUUUACAGUCCAAACACUGUAAGAGGUGUAUCGUCAUUGGAAACGGUGGGAUUCUUCAUGGGCUGGACCUUGGACAAGCGAUUGACCAGUUUGAUAUUGUUAUCAGGUUAAACAAUGCCCCAGUGCAAGGAUAUGUUCAAGAUGUCGGGAACAAAACAACCAUUCGCAUGACCUACCCAGAAGGUGCCCCCGUGUCCGAGCAGGAAUAUCUGCACAGCUGUCUCUUUGUCACCGUGCUCUUCAAACAUGCGGAUUUCAGGUGGCUGGAGGCAAUGCUGAAGAACCAAAAGCUGUCUUCAUGGAACCGGUUAUUUUUCUGGAAGAGGGUUACAGAUAAAAUUCCGCUGAAUUCCAGCCAGUUCCGUAUCCUGAACCCACUUAUAGUAAAAGAAACAGCAUUUGACAUCUUAGAAUAUCCUGCACCUCAGAGAAGAUGGCUGGGUUGGGACAAGAACGUGCCAACGAUAGGUCUGACGGCGGUUAUUCUGGCCACGCAUCUCUGUGAUGAAGUGAGUCUCGCUGGCUUUGGCUACGAUCUGAGCCGGCCCGAAGCUUCCUUGCACUACUAUGAUAACCUCUGCAUGAAUGCCAUGAAUGAACAGCCUAUGCACGAUGUAACGAAAGAAAAGAAAGUGCUCCGGACUUUGGUGAAAGAAGGUGUCGUGAGGGAUCUGAGUGGAGGGAUACACUGUGAUUUCUGUGACCCUCAGCCGUACACAGAGUAGGAAAGCGGCACGACUGUUUGCGUUUGGGUUGCCAUAACCUGGACCAACGCUAUGAGGCUCUUCCCUCUCACCAAGGUGCUUGGACUUUAUCCAACAUCAGUGAUUUGACAGAUGGAGUCAAUUAGGCUGCUUCAUGGCAGGGAGAGCUGAGGAUUACACCACUCCAUGGGAGCCACAGCGUUGAACCUGCAGGACCUACAUCCCAGGCUUGGGAAGUUUUUCAAACAGAUUUAUAUAGUGACUUCUGGAACCAGGGGCGUAACUACAGAGGAAGCAGACCCUGCGGCUGUAGGGGGUCCGGGUAGUAUAAGGGGCCAGUGAGGCCCAAAUAAUGAGCAAUUUGAACAUCUAUUGGUAAAACAAGUCAAACUCUGGAUAUGUUGGGGGCCCUUAAAUUAAUUAGCUGCGGGGCCCAGUAACAUGUAGUUAUGCCACUAAUUGUAACACUGGAACUGGAGUGGCAAUCGUGGCUACCUUAGAUUUUUUUAACAUCCAAUCACUGGUAUGGCCUUCCACUGGAAAUGCAGGAGGUGAAGCACGUUCUUCUGGCCCAACAAUGCCAAGACUGGGUCAGCUGGGAUGUUCCUAUAUCUCUAUUGCUUGGGAGAGUGGGGAUAUGUGUUUGUGCAGCCCAUUGGCUGGAGGGAGCUGAAGAUUUCAUUACAACAACCAAUCAUAAGGAAGCAGCCCUUCACACCCUCAUAUAAAUCAUGUCGUUUAUCUUUUGGAUUGGAUUGGAUCUAGAAGACUCAUUCAUUGAACCUGCUCUUCUUGGAGAUCUCAUUUGUGCACAGGGUUUUCCAUUAACCUUAAACAAUAUUUACUUUCCAUACUCCCACCUAAGGUUCCCUUUCAGUAUUAAGUAAUAAAUAUGAUUGGGAUUUAGAGAGCUACGAGGCACAAGAAGAGUCAGUUGUAGGUAAGGUAUACUUCCCCUUUAAGGUCAGGAAAGGGAAGUCUAGGGGGCAGAUUUACUAAAGGGUAAAGUGGCCGUCGCUAGCGUAAAUUCGCCAGGCACAUCGCCAGUUCACUAACAGGCGUAAAGGACAAUUCGCUAGCGAAAGAGAAAAUCGCUAGUGUAGUUUUGCAGCUUAUCGCCAGGGGAAAUUUCGCUCAGGCGAACAAUUGUUACUCAACAAAUUCACUAAAGUGCGAAUUUUACAGAACGUUACCUGUUUCGACAGUUUCCUUCGCCACCUUAGACCUGGCGAACUGAUAAGAUGAAGCCACAUCC